AUGGAACCUUCUUUUGAUACGUUCGACUUCACACGAAUACCUGACGACGCGGUACCAACUGCAGCUUCUCAAGACUCGAGGAACCAGUACUCAAAUUAUAGCAUCUUUCGACCUGGCGGUGCACACUGGCGAUGCGACCAUUGUGAAGAGAGCGUGAUUUACUCGCGAGCCAAUGGAUAUGGUCAAUACGUGCGCAUGUGGAAAUGUUGCCAAUGCGGUUUCUCCGAGAAUCGUGUCUCACUCUGGGCUGCAUGUUCGAUGUGCGAUUACAGUAAUUUCUGGGAAGAAUACGCCUUCCAAAAUCCUUCGAUAUUCCAACAUGGAGUCCGAAACGUCAUAGAACACGAAGAGACUUUUGAGACUUCACUUGUUACUUGUGAUGGCGUGCCAGUAGCGGAGCAUUCUGGAACAGCCUUUGCGACGGAUGAUUUGGUCUCUGCAGUUCAAACAAACCUGGCACUCUCUCAACCCUUUCUUCAAGACGAACCGUUGGACGAUGUAGUGGUGCGUAGCGAGCUCGACGGUAUCAAUGGGCUCAUGUCUAUGCGUUCUAUUGGAUAUGAUAGCUUGGUUGGUGGCACAGCGGAUGCCAACGCCCGACGCCAGCCAGUAGUUCCAGAAUCAUACAACACCGACGGGCCGUUCGCUGCACGUCUCAGUAGCGAUACCGAAGUCAUGACGAGUCUCCCGAGCGAGGAUUCAACAUCAUCAGAAUCUGUCACAGCAGCUAAUCUGGCAACGUUUACUUUCAGCGAGGAGAUACUGCGGGAUUUCGACAGCGGUUACGGCGCUUCAUGUAACACAUCCAGGUCAGACAUCACAUCGCGCAAACGCUCAAACGAAUUUGACCAUCAAACAACACCUUCCGUAACUACCAGCCACGACUAUUCAAAACCACCACUCCGUAAAAAAACCCGACGUCGUCGUCUAGACACCCUCAACCCCGGUCUCGCAUGCCCUUUCUACGUACGCAACCCCUACCUUUGCACGUACGACUCCUGCGCCGGACCGGGUUCUCUCGGCAUCCACCGACUAAAACAACAUCUCGAGCGUGUGCACCUCUACCACACCUGCUCACGAUGUGGUGAUACAUUCUUCGGCAACACAGCAGGAAAAGAGAGUCUAGCCGCCCAUCAGCGAACCACUCAGCCUUGCCAACUUCUCACAAACCCCAAACCUCAUAUCUGGGGUAUAUCCUACUCAACAUUCGAGGCAAUGCGUUCCAAGAAAGGCACAUCAGGGAAGCCAGAAGUUGAACGAUGGCGUGAAAUCUAUAAAAUCCUCUUCCCAGACGCCGAGAAGGAAGAAAUGGCAUCACCGUACGUCGAUACAGAACGCACGUUACUCCCUCGCCACUAUCGGAAUGGUGUAUCAACGCAGAACCAGGCUGUCGACAAAUUCUCAAAGCAACUCCUUCGUGUCUUACCUGCCAAACUGGACGCAGCUGUUAGAACUCACUGUGAUGAUAGUAGACUAACGGCGAUGUGGAGUGAGUUUGUGAAUACCCACUUACAUGAUGUGCUGAGGAACGCCCUCAGUGAUAUCACAUCCGCGGCGGAUAAACAGCCAUUUGCAGCACUGGAAACAAUUAAGGAAGACAGGUUCGAGGAGGCGGAGGAAGAUUUUUGUUCGAGUCUGCAGGACUUUGUAGAUAUGGAUGGAGGGUGA